UACAUAAUGAGUUAAUAUGGAAUGUAAUCAUGGGAGAAUUUCGAUCGGAUUGUAAAAUUAUGGGAAAAAUGUGCCAUCGAGGCGAACGAGUUCAUGCACCAAGGGAUUCGUCAGGCCGGACAAGGGGUCAUUGCACUCGGACGCUCUAUUGAUUGUAUCCUCACCCGACACUGCUGGUUAUUGUAAGGACAGUGCAUGAACAAUACUGAUCAUUCAUUAGUCAGGCUUUGCAAUCUGUUUGUUCGAUGAGCACAAUUUAGCUUGGGUUUGAUGACAUCUAACCAAUGUGGUGGCAAGCAAAUCUCUUGUGAAUUUCGAAUCGUCGCUUAUUGCAAUCGAAGUUGAUUGCUCGUUAGCAAGAAAAAACUGUAUAUUUGGCCUUUUCUCCGGUGUAGUGACGUUGCCAGAAUUUCGUGCGAUUUUGGUGAUUAAAAAUCGAUAUGGCUUCGGCUUCGAAAUCAUUACGGAAGCAGCAGCAGUUCUGCAUUGACACCAUGGAACACGUGCUGCAUCUCGUGCAAGAUUAUGGUAAAGUGAGAGACAAAUUUUUAAUUGAAGGCUGGAAUACUCGUUUGAAUGAAGUUUUUUCUAAUUUCCAAACGGUUCGGUUGAUGUUGGAAUUGAUCGACGGGGAAGAAGAAAGCAAAGAGAGGGAAGUUGAAUAUCGGAAGGCUCGUGAUUCGUUCGAAAAAAAACUAUGUGAAGGAUAUCUGGCGAAAGAUGCCGAACAUAUCGUGGAAUCAAUUUAGAUUACGUCGGCGAAUUCUUCGGUUGCGUGGGAGUUACUAUAAAAUCGUUUCAACAAGCUUUCCUCUUCCGACUCAGUCGCACCAUCAAAAUCCCCAUUGUCCGUCGCAUGUUCCAGCCAACAAAGUCGUCUUGGCCCUGAUGUCGUGGUAGAGGCGGAGAUCUUCCAGAAUCACACAUCAGGCGAGUAUUUGUUCACAGAACCACACGCUCUGUCUUAUAAAUUCCACCGUUUCAGUCCGGCGUGUAACAAUUCUGACAAACAUCUGCUAUCUGUGUAUUAUCAGAAUGUGCGUGGUUUACGCACCUAAUUAAACGAUUUGAGACUGCUGCUUUCCAGUUGUGUCUACGAUAUAUUGAUAUUCACUGAAACGUGGCUUAAGUCCGACAUUUGUAAUUAAGAGAUAUCAUCUGAAUAUAGCUUAUUCCGAUGUGAUCGUAGCGAAUUUACCAGUGAACUCACAAGAGGUGGAGGAGUUCUUGUUGCCGUUGAAAGUAGCCACAGGUGCAGCUCGGUCUCACUACCAGAAUACAGUCAGCUUGAACAAGUUAUUGUUCGAGUCAAGCUAGCAACUCGCACAUUAUUUAUCUGCCGCAUAUACCUACGACCAAAUUCAAGCACAGAUAUGUACCUAGCACAUGCUGUUGCGAUCCGCACCAUGUUUGAUCAGAUCGAUGACAUUGAUUGUGUUAUGGUGCUGGGUGACUACAAUCUCCCAUACCUAAGAUGGCAGUUUGACGAAGACUUGAACAGAUACACGCCUAUCAAUGCAUCUUCAGAACAAGAGCUAACACUCAUCGAAUCACUGCUUGUUUGUGGACUAACACAGACCAAUCGUUUUACAAACGCUAAUCAGCGACCACUCGAUUUAGCCUUCAUCAAUGCACCGGAUGACAUGGAAACCAUUGAACCUUCUCAACCGCUCCUAUCAGUUGAUCAUCAUCAUAAGCCGUUCAUCGUUUUGCUGGACAUUCGCAGCAGCGAGCUACAUAGCCAUACAGAGCAACAAACCGUUAUGACGGCUGUGAACUUCAGGCGUUGUAACUUUGAGUCAUUGAAUAACGCUAUUGCGUCUAUCGAGUGGCAACUCUAUUUAGUAGGUAACUCGAUAGAUUCAGUCGUAUCAUCCUUCUAUGCUAAACUUUCCGAAGUACUUGAUAUGUAUGUUCCACGUGUACGACGCAAGCCUUACGUGUCAAUGCGAAAGCCUUGGUGGACUGCUGAUCUUCGCCAUAUGAGGAAUGUGCUUCGGAAAGCAAGAAAACGCUACUUCAAGACGAGAACCAUGGCUGACUGUAUCACUCUUCGCAGUAUUGAAAUUUCAUACACGGACCUUCUUGCUGAAAGCCACAGGACAUACAUGUAUAGAGUACAACAAAAUCUGAAACAAAAUCCGACGUUUUCAUUGAAAUAUAUAAGGUUACUGAGAGGGAAUACGAGGAUUCCACCCAAUAUGGAAUUCAACGGAAAAAUUUCUAGUUCGUUUAGCGAAGCGGCCAAUUUAUUAGCCAACUUCUUCCAAAGCGUAUUCAGUUGUAUCCAGGAUGCUUUUAGCAUAUCCCAACGUACGACAUCAAUAUUCCUGUAAUUUCGUUUUCAUUCGAGGAAGUUCAAAAAGCGCUGGAAAAUAUUAAUUUGUCCAAGGGCGCUGGAAUCGAUGGGCUACCACCGCUUUUUCUUAAGUAUUGUGCCUCCUCACUGGCUGCGCCUGUUGUUUGUCUUUUGUUGAGAAGUUGAGAAGACAUUCCCGAAUAUUUGGAAAGCAGCUCGAAUUGUUCCGAUUCACAAAUCGGGCAGUACACGUCGUGUCGAAAAUUACCGUGGUAUAUCGAUAUUAUGUUCACUUGGAAAAGUUUUUGAAACUCUGGUUCAGGCUAUACUGCAUAGAGCAGCACACUCGCUUAUACACGGACAACACGGAUUUGUACAGCACAGGUCAACGACAACAAAUCUAAUGUGUUACACCCGCGUUCGUUUCGAUGAAGUCGAGUACAGAAAUCAGGUUGAUUCCAUUUACUUCGACUUUUCUAAGGCAUUCGACACUGUUUCGCAUGACUACCUAAUUGAAAAACCGAAGCACAUGGGAUUUCCAGAACACAUAACUGGAUGGCUAUAUUCAUACCUCACCAACCGUGAAUCUGCAGUGUGUGUCAACUCAGUUUGCUCCGGAAAUUUUAUCAUCACGUCUGGUGUGCCACAAGGAAGCUUGGUCCAUUUAUUUUCAUUCUUUUCGUGAAUGAUCUAUGCUUUUGACUGAAGUCGCCGAAGAAAAUGUUUGCUGACGACCUCAAAUUAUAUGGAGUGAUUUCGUCCGUUCUCGAUUGCCUGGCUCUGCAAAACGAUAUCAACGAACUCAUGAUGUGGUGCCGUGAAAAUGGUAUGGCGAUGAAUAUCUCAAAAUGCAAAGUGAUCUCAUUCUCACGGCGGAUCGACACAAUCAACCAUUCGUACAACAUCGUUAAUAUAUUCAAAACAGUCAUCUAGCAUCCCUGGAUAUGAGUUCAAUGUUUACAUUUGGUUGUGUUGUUUGGAAGAGGCCCAUUUGAAAAUCUGUAAAAUCUAGCAAUUACUGAACUGAAUUUGAUGGUUGCAGUUGAAAACAUACAUUGCUUAUGCAGUACUAGUUUAGCCGUGAAACAAUUUUUGAAUAUAAAGGCGGAGCAGAAGAAUACCGAUGCUUUCAAUCAACAAGGUGAACAAACACACCAAACAAACUAGACGAUUCGACUGAUUCAUGGACGAGCGCGGCCGAACGGUCGUCGAGCCAGACGAGCUACUCGUCUGUUUUUAGUCGAGCUCGGCUUUUUUUUCCAAUUCAUUUAUUUGUAAGGCUCAAUCGCAUAAGCUUUGCGGAGCCGCUAAUUCAAGUUUUGUUUAUACGAAGUUUCAACUAAUUGCUAUGUUUAGUAGGAUUCGACCGAAUACUCGCGGUUUACUCGAGGUUAAAAGGGCAACAAUUCGAGCUCGGCUUCUGGAAUAUGAAAACAAACGAGACGAGCGCUAGUCUGCUCGUCUGUUUUUCUGGAAUAGGGCUCAUAGUUUCAGUAUCA